GCCGCCGGUCGUAACGGAUUCACGCGUGUACCGUCAAUUCGGAGCGUAUAGUUCGGAGCGUAGUCCCGACGGCUCUCAGGGGGCGAGAAGAGUUCGCGAGGAGAGAAGAGUCGCGCGAUCUGAUCAAGGCAGCGUAAAUUUGCGAAAGGUCGAACGAAUCGAGCGGAACCGCGCAAGCGGAAUCGCGAUAGCGUGGAACAGCAUAGAUUCGCUAGGUUCCACGAAAGCGCGACCGAGCCGCGAUUUCACGAAGGCGCGACCGAAGUCGCGUGGGGAUUAAUUCCCACAGGAAUUAAGCGGAAUUGUACGAAAUCGCGGAGGAAUUAACGUGUUUGCGCUACUUCGGUGAGUGAGUGACAAUUCUCGGAGAAAGCCAACGGAGAGCCUGUAGGAGAGAGUAGGCGAUCGUCGUUCGAUGCCGCCCUGGCGCCGUGAACUGCGGUGGUGAACCGCAAUAGCAAGAUCGCGCGAGGAUGAGCGAUGUCGGUCGAUUGUCGCGCAUUGAAUGGGCAGGUAAAAUGACGUCUUACAGCUAAGCGAUGAGUUUCUUGCGGACAUGAUCGAAUGGGACAACGUGGGAAAAUCAAGAGGGAGAACUUCAGACUGCUGAAGGCUCAUUCCUUUGGUCUUCAACUAGGCACGUUUUUAAAUCACGUUCAUCGACCGCAGGGAAGUUUGACCUGGUUGUGGUUGAAGUUUGCGACGCUAAGCAUGGCGAGAAGCAACAACAACGGUUGUGGACGCGGUUCCAAGCAUACUGUCCGGCGUUGCGAUGUCGCCGUCAUGUCACGUGGUAAGGCAAUGUUCCAGCAGCACGAAUCGAUUGGCGUUGUUAACGGAGGCAACGUCCAGCAACGUAGCAACGACGACAGUACCGGGAACAGCAAUGGCAUCGUCACCGACAGCAAUCACAGUCAAAUAGAAGGUACGGCAGACUAGAAUCAUCCUCUUGGACGGAUUCGGCGCACUUUACGAUUAAUAGAACGAGAGGGUGAAUGCAUCUCGCAGGAUGAAUUCGUG